AGUAAACCCCGUACGAAUAACCUAAAGAGCUUUCGAAUCUCGACCUGAAACGUCUUUCAACCGUCCCUAUAUAUCAUCGCUCUCUCUUUUGAAGCCUCACUGCCUCACACCUUUUUGUUGUUGUUGGUUUCUUCUGUAUGUGGCAACCGAAGCCUAGUAAAGGCUGGGUAUCCAACAUGUUUCGAAUGUCCAAAACCCUCGACGUCAUCACCCUCUUCCACAAACCCUCCAUCUCGGCGUCGGUCCGGGUCCAAAACCUCCUCAAGCAGGCGUCGGCCCAGGCGGAGCAGACGGCCACCGAAGACCAGGCCGCCGAUCACACGGCCCAAAACGAGACGGUGACCAGGGAUCCCUUUGAACUGGAGGUCACCGAGGCCGCACCCACGCCGGACCAGCUGAAGAGCAUCUUCGAGUACCUGGGCGGUGGGGGUGUCGCCGGGGAGCUCGUCAAGGGGGCGGCGAGCCAGAGCGACGCCCUCAGGAAGGUCAACGAGGAUGCCAACGCCUUCACCAGACCCGUCGUCGUGGAUUGGGGCAGGGGAAAGGCCGUAGUCGGGGACAAGAAGAGUGAGAUUCUGAAACUGUUGAAGGCGGACGGGAAGUAAGGAGGACAGGACACGUUGACAUACCCUUACGAGUACUCAUGGCUCGCAUGAACGCACAUACAUACAGGGCGAGUGAGUACGUGAGCGAGCGAGCGGUUGAUGGAUGACAGUGUGCAAUGGAAUGAACGGAACCUUCUGCAUCCAGGACAAAGCCCAUUCGAGAUGCUGAACGUGGUCACAUGUUUUCAAAGUUCAUGGUGCACAAGGGACGAUAUUAAAAUCCGUUACGACGGUGUUGACAUCGAAUCUCGACUUCUUAAGUUGCCAUGCCACACUUCUCAAGACCAAAACUACGUAGGAUUGUUCCUAUGCCCCGGUUUCUUGCCUUGGUCAAAUCCAUACCACUUUCUGAGCAUGGUGUGCGUCGAGUCUUUUUCUAGUUAGAGGAUAACAUUGAUCGCUGAUUCCCAUGAUGAAACAUUGCGACCUCUCACAUGCAGUUCUUGCCGAUGAUAUCACCAGCGUUCCUAUCGACCCAGAUCUACCACACAUGAACAGCAAAUUCCACGUCCAAUACUCUAUAGUCUGCA